AGAGCCUGCCGAGCGGGGGCCGGGCCGGGCUCUGCACGGCCAUGAAGCGGGAUCGGCGCGGCCGGUUCUUACCCGCGGACGCGGCGGCCAGGGGCGCUCCAGAACCGCCGCCGCCACCAGCCGAGGCCAAGAGUGUCCGGGCCCGCCGGGGGCGCCCCACCGCCACCUCCCGGGAGCAGGAACAGCAGCCCGAGCCGGAGCCCGAGCAGUGGGCCUCGCCAGCCUCGGAGGCGGCGGCAGCGGGUAAGCGCAGGCGGACAGGGGCACCCCGGCAGCGCGCUCUUCCGGGGACCCGGCGGGCGGCCCGAUCCUCCGCGUGCGCGCUCGGAAGGAAGCCGCGCUUUCCCGCGGGAAGUGCGCCGGGCAGGGAUCGGACGGGGCGCGCGCGCUCGGGAGGCGCCUUGGCACCGGGGCUGGACUGGCCAGCGGGUGGCGGCGGAGCUGGGCUGGGCUAGGCUGCCCUGCUUCCAGUGCCGGGGCUGGGCCUUAAGAUGUGAAAAGCAGGGAACAGAGCGCGUGCAGAAUGCCUUUUUCCUGUUCGUUGGGUUAGCACAUCCGUCGCUGAUGUGCGCCAAGCAGGCAGGCAGGCGCGAGCGCGCAAACAGCCAACGUUCUCCUCUCCCAAUCGGUCACGUUUGAAAUGCCAACUGCAGGAGCCCGUGCCUUUUGCCACCCGGAGCUCUCCAGUGGGCAGCUUUGGAGUCCAGUGACGUGGGUUUCUUGUAGCGCUUCCAUGCACAACCUAGGUUAACUGCUCCGCCACCCUCAAGGCGCACCUAAAACUUUUCACCAUCCCGGGUAGCUGUAGUCGCAACCAUCGUGCAACUGCCGAGAUGUAGAGGGCGCUGGGGCAGCUGGUUGAGCUGGGCCUCCUUAAAUCUCACUGUUUAGGCUGUCGGUGCAGUGGGGUAGGCCCUGACAAGUACCUAGCAGGGGUGACAGAAGCUCUGGCUUCCCACUUUGAAGCCAUCAGUGCUCAUCAGAGGCAUGGAGAGGUGCCAGGUGGAUGAACCAGGAAGAGGACUUGACACGAACCUCUGGCCUUCCUCCAGAGGUUGAAGGACUUCAGCUCCCAGAUUCCUUAGCAGCAAAUGGUUUCUUAUCCAUUUUCAUAUAUUGUUCCUCCCUGUAUCAUGAUUUAGUUGUAUGGGGUUCACUCACAAAUUUGCAGUCUUAGAACAGGAACUUGCAUUUUUUUAUAUUUAUCUUUUGCUGAUAAUUCUUUGGAAGACGAUACAUAUUUGAUGCUGCUAGAUAGACCACGAUGGUGUUGCUCCCCAACACCAGGGAAUCAGGGAAUCAAUCAGCUUUCCCCUACCUAGUAGCCACAUGCUCUGGUCUCCACCCCCCCUUGUAGAGGUGUGCAACCUGAGGCCUUAUGGGGAGCUAUAAAUCAUAAAUCUGUCCUGUUACAGUCUUAUACCAGGUGUGAUGUGGGAUAAUGGUUUCUCCAGAUGUAAUAACCUGGGCACCAUCUUGUUCCACAUUUGCUGAACUGAUUUGGUGUGGAGAUAGUCCCAGACUCACUGCCAGUUCAUAUGCCAACAUGUGGGUUGUGGGUUGCAAUUGCACCUCCAUACCCAUAGCAGAAACACAUCUGUACUUAAUGUACUUGUUGAAACGUUGGAUGUUUUUGUGUUGUGUUAAUCUGUAACCCUUGUUCUUGGCCUCAGAUCAGGUAAAUGUGCCUGUUUAAAUUUUCCAUUGCCUUCACUAACCAGGCACGGUCUAGCUGUCUUUUGACUCCAGUUCCCAGCAGUCUCAAGCUGUCAGCAUGGCCAGUAGUCAGGGAUGAUGGGAGUUGUAGUCUAAGCAACAUCUGGAGGACUGCAGGUUCCCCUGUUUUUCCUUAUUGUUAUUGAGGGAAUGAAUUCUAGGCACUGUUGUCUACCCUCCCAGAGUUACAAUUCCCAGCAACUCUAAAACUCCAAUGCCUGGAAAGAUGUUUUGAAUGUGCUUUGAAAUUAUAGUGUGUUUACUAUUAUGUGGGAAAGCUGAUUGGUGAAUGGAUCUUUUUAUGUAGCUUAGCAGAGACAGUUCUGGGGAAGUCUAGGCUGAGGGUUUGAGGAGAAAACCUUUGUGCUGCUUGGAGUGGUUUUUGCAGGAAUGAAAAGAAAUCACAGGUAGCUUGGUACCCUGGAAAAUGUUCAGAACAGCACCAAAACAGAAAGCUGAUGCUUUAUGUUUUCUAGGCCUGAUUUGCGGCACCUUAGUUUCAUUUGCCUGCCUUCUCUACUUUAAAAUAUUCAGCUCUGCUCUCUCAUAGAAUUGGUGGCAGGGGAGGGAGGAGUCCUGGACGAAAAAGGGUCCUGGGUGCUGGGCUGGAGCCACCACCCAUGAUCAAAAGGAGACUUGCUAUGCCUCUGAGACAACGAGUCACCUGAUUGACCAGUGCCACAGUAAAGACUGCUGACAUCAUCUCUGUGUCUCCUCCAAAUCAGGAAGUGCUGCAGAGGGGCUGUGGGCAGUUUGCAAACCAGGUCCCUGCACAGACAGCAGAACUUGCUUGAAAGCAAACAGGAAAACAAAAGAAAUUGGUUCCUGUUUCUCUCAUAGUUCUUGGCAAAGCAGGAGCUGGAUGGUUCAAAGCAAGGACUGCUCUCUGAGCCAAAGACAAAAAAGGCGGAAGGAUGCCAGAAGGUAGGGCUGGAGUGGGGGGGCAGUGACAAUAUGACCAGGGCUGCCUUUCUUGGUUGCAACAGCAGGGGUGAACACUCAGCUUGAUGCUUUACUCCAGCUCAGGUUGCCCCUGUGUUCACUAACUGAAGAUUUUGCUCAGUUCCCUGAAGCAAUAUCAAGUUUAUGUUUGCAUCCAUGGGUGUAUUUGAAGAAACUCCUAGUUUUUAGGAUGCUGAGUUAUGCAUCUGGUGCAGAAUGCCAUGCUUUUACGUGUUGUGAUCAUGGAAAGUUUGAUAGAUGGAAUCAGAGGACAAAUACAUUAAAUUCAACCCCCCAUGUCCCAAAAGGAUGUUCCUGGGUGUUUGGCAAGGACCAUUUAAUAGUGUUUCUCUGGUUGCCACCCACUUACAUGCUCUGGGAGUUAGUUCACACAACGGUUGGGCUUGCUUCUCCUCUGUCCUGCCUCCUGCCAUCCUGCUCUGCCCAGGAGUCUGUUAAGGGCUGUAGUUCAGUGGCAGGACACCUGCUUUGCAUGCAGAAGUCACCUGGUUCAAUCCCCAAUGGCAUCUCCAGGCAAGUCUGGGAAAGCUACCUGCCCGAUACCCCAGAGGUCUGCUGCCAGGUAGAUGAUACAGAGGUAGGUAGACCAAUGGUAGUAGUAGUAGUAGUAGUAGUAGUAAUAAUAAUAAUAAUACAGUGGUACCUCAGGUUAAGUACUUAAUUCGUUCCAGAGGGCCGUACUUAACUUGAAACUGUUCUUAACCUGAAGCACCACUUUAGCUAAUGGGGCCUCCUGCUGCUGCUGCGCCACCGGAGCCCAAUUUCUGUUCUCAUCCUGAAACAAAGUUCUUAACCUGAAGCACUAUUUCUGGGUUAGCAGAGUCUGUAACCUGAAGCAUAUGUAACCUGAAGCGUAUGUAACCCGAGGUACCACUGUAAUAAUAUUUAUACCCCCGCCCGUCUGGCUGGGUUUCCUCAGCCACUCUGGGCGACGUACAGCAUAUCUAAAAACAUCAAACAUCUAACAUUAAAAACUUCCCUAAACAGGGCUGCCUUCAGAUGUCUUCUAAAAGUUGUGUAAUUCUUUAUCUCCUUGCCAUCUGGAGGGAGGGCAUUUCACAGGGAGGGCGCCACUACCAAGAAGGCCCUCUGCCUGCCUUGUACCUUCAUAAUGCUUCCGAAGGCAAUGCUAGUCUCAGAGUGACCUCCUUUCUUUUCCUGAAAUCCUUGCAGGAUUCGGCCGGGGUGUGAGCACCGCUUACUGCCGGCUUUGCCACGGGAAAUUUUCCUCUCGGAGCCUGCGGAACGCUUUUGGAAAGGUCCCUGUGGUGGGGGAGAGCUCCGAGAAGCAGCGGCGCAUGGACCAGGUCUUCUUCACGGACUUCCAGCGGCUGGUGGGGGUGGCUGUCCGGCAAGACCCGGCCCUCCCCCAGUUUGUCUGCAAGAAGUGCCACGCCCAGUUUUACAAGUGCCGCAGCAUCCUCAAGGCCUUCAUCCAGAAGGUGAACCUGUCUCCCACUGGCCACCUCAAGCCACACGGAAAGUAGGUUGAGCGGAUUUCUCCACUCGCGGGAGGCUGGGCUGCUUGUGGCUUGUCUCGGUAGCCACCAAGACUUGGCCCCCAAGCAGGCAGACAUUUGUGAGCUGUAUACAAAAUACUUUGUUAGGCUGCUGAUGUCCCACUAAUGACUUGCACUUCGUACAGAGGGCUAGGGAAAUACUUUGUGGGUUCGUAAUGUAUGUGGCCUUAUUUGCAAGGCCAAAAGUCCAGUUUCCAGCAGCUGGAAAUUGCCUGUGCACAUUUUUUGUUUGUGAAACUGCCACUUUGAGACCAGAGCACAUGCUGCCUGAGUCUGUCCUCCCUAGAAGGCAUCUGAUUUGCUCUGCCGUCUGUUUUGUGUACAGGGACAACCUUGCCCAACCUCCUCUUCCUGCUGCAAAAGGAGAUGCUCCCUCUCUAGGUAAGUAGGAUUGUUUUGGCUCCUCUGAAUUUUCUCCUUGAUGUCAGUUGUGGCUGCCCUGUUGCUUCCACAGUUUCCACUUUGCCUAUGCUUAUAGCUGAUGUGGUGCUCAGUCUCUGGCAAUUACCCUAUGACUAGUGGGGACCAGGGUGGUCUUUGCACUCUAGGGCCAGUUCCAGUGUCCGCUUGGGAAGGCAGUAUUUUUAUUUAUCUAAAACAUCUCUUAGCAGCCCUUCAUGAGAAGUCCCAAGGCAGGAUACCAUCAGUAUGAAAGCACAAAGAUAUCUAAAAUAAAAACAGUGCAAAACACCGAUCCAAAAAUAAAAUAACUCAGCAUCAGUUACAGAAAGGGAAAACUCAUCUUUUGAGUGCCAACGAGCCAGCCAUGUGCAAGUCUAGCUAGGGCUCCCCAGCUUCUUUUGCCAGAUCACAGGUUCAGGCAAACUCUUUUUCUCUUUCUUGAAUUUUAUUUCCAAGAUAAUAAAGACAAAAACAACAAAAUAAAAUAGACACAGUGGCAUCUAGCAAUUACUCACUGAAAACAAUGUGUGCAACAUUCAGGAGGAAGGGUGGAAUAUGAAUAAACAAAGUAAAUAAUGUUUUUCCUUUUUAAGUGUAGGCAAGCAUAUUUCUAAGAUCUGUUGGGAACAUGGAUCUAUUCUGUAUACUUCAUAAUAAUAUGACAGUUUGUACUUGGUCUCUGAUCCAUCAUUUCAAGAAAGGCUUUGAUCAACGUUGCAGUGCACACCCCUGAUUUGUGUAUGAGACAAAGCCACAGCACAGUAAAUAAACCCUUCUGCACAAGAAGCCCCACACAACUGUUUGCCACUGUCAGUCUCUCUGCAAACCAAGUAUUAGGCAGGAUGAUAUUCAAGUGGGUUUUUCCUUCUUCCAAGCUCAGUAUAAAGAAGCAGUAGCUCAUCAUCCCUUGCCUUCAGCAGAUGCAAAGCUGCAUGCAUUUAGCAUGGCUUUAUUGUUUUUUUGUUUUGUUUUUUUAUUCAAAGUUAUAACAAAACAUAUUUUCCAAAAACAUAUCCUUAUUCCCCCCCAUUUUUCCUCCCCCCACAAAACCCAUCCCCCCACCCCACCCCCCGACUUCCCUCAGUUCCAGUCUUUGGUUUCUCCAAUAAUGCUAUUUUCUGCAUGUUACAGAGUUGUAUAGAUCCUCCAACUGUUUAGCUAAUUAUUAUCCGCAAUAAAUUGUGGAUGUUUAUUCAAAACCUGCCAAGGAGUCCAGUUCACUUUGUUGCGUCUUCAAAUACUUUGUGAAAGGUUCCCAUUCAUCCUUAAAGUCACAGUUAUCCUUGUCCCGUAGCUUAUGUGUCAAUUUUGCCAGUUCUGCAUAAUCCAUCAAUUUUUCUUGCCAUGAUUCUUUAGUUGAGAUUUCUUCAGUCUUCCAUCCUUGUGCUACCAGAACUCUCGCGGCCGUUGUCGCAUACAUGAAGAUGUUUUUCAACAUUUUGGCAGGUCUUUCCCUACAAUCCCCAACAAAAAUGCCUCGGGUUUUUAAACAAAUGUUAAAUGGAACAUUUUCUUCAGUUCAUUGUAUAUCAUUUCCCAAAAAAAUUUAAUUACUUUACAAUCCCACCACAUAUGAUAAAAUGUUCCCUCCUUUUCCUUACACUUCCAACAUAUGUUUGAGCUAGUUUUGUACAUUUUCCCUAGCUGCACUGGUGUUGUAUACCAUCUGUACAUCAUCUUCAUGUAGUUCUUCAAUAGUGAACAAUCUGUAAAUUUUAAGUCAGUUUUCCAUAAUUUAACCCAAUCCUCCAUCAUAAUAUUGUGACCUACAUCUUGUGCCCAUUUAAUCAUAACUGAUUUUACCUCUUCAUCUUUCGUCUCCCAUUCUAAUAGUAUGCUAUAUGCGGCCUUCAGUAAUUUCACUUUCCCUUCAAUCACUUCCGUUUGAAACCUAGAUCUAGUAUAACUAAAUCCUUUCUUACAGUCUUCUUUAUAUGUUUCAUGUAAUUGUCGAUAAUGCAACCAACUCUGAAAGUGGUCUUUGAUCUCAUCAUAAUCUCUUAAUUUCCAUUUCCCAUCAUGUUCCUUUAAUAAAUCAGCAUAUGUGAGCCAUUUUCCUUUCUUUCCAAGUAAUGCUUCAUGUAGUGAAAGCCACCACGGAGUCUUUUGUUCCAAUAAGUCUUUAUAUCUCUCCCAUACUCUCAUUAAUGAUUUCCUGAUUAUAUGGUUGUAAAAGCUUCUAUGAAUCUUCCCUUUCCCGUACCCUAAGUAUGCAUGCCAAGCAAAUCUGUUGCCAUGUCCUUCUAGUUCUAGUGCCUCCUGCUUGUCCAAUCUCAUCCAGUCCCUGAUCCAUACCAAACAAGCAGAUUCGUAAUACAAUUUAAGGUCUGGGAGGGCAAACCUGCCUCUAUCUUUUACAUCUGUAAGUAUUUUAUGUUUUAUCCUUGGCCUUUUGCCCCCCCAGAUAAAUCUUAAAAUCUCUUUCUGCCAUUGUUUAAAGCAUUCAUCUUUCAGGAUGACUGGUAUUGAUUGAAAAAGAAAUAGCAUUUUAGGCAACACAUUCAUUUUAAUCGCUGAUAUUUUUCCUAACAUUGAGAGAUUCAUUCUGCUCCAUAUUUCUAAAUUUCUUUUUACCUCAAGCCAAUUUUUUUCAUAGUUAUUUUUAAAUAGGUUUAUAUUUCUUGAUGUUAACCAAAUCCCUAAAUAUUUAACCUUUUUAUGGACUUCAAUCUCAAUAUUUUGUUCUAAUUCGGUUCUUUCUUCUUCCUUCAUGUUUUUAACUAAUAAUUUAGUUUUAUUCCUAUUUAGCUUAAAUCCUGCCACUUCCCCAAAAUUCUGAAUUUUUUCUAUUACUUUAGGGAGUGAAGUUUUAGGUUCUUCCACUGUUAUCACUAAGUCAUCUGUAUACGCUUUUAACUUGAAUUCACUUUUCCCAACUUUUACACCUGUAAUCUCUUUAUUUGCUCUUAUGUUUUUGGCAAGUACUUCCAAGACCAGAAUAAACAAUAAUGGUGAUAAUGGGCAUCCUUGUCUUGUUAAUUUUUGGAUCUUACAAUCAUCCGUUAUCACCUGAUUUAUAAUUAGUUUAGCUUUUUGUUCUGAAUAGAUUGCCGCUAUUGCUUUUAAAAACUUGGGACCACUUCUGAUUUGUUCUAACAACUUUAUCAUGAACUUCCAAGAAACAUUAUCGAAGGCUUUUUCAGCGUCUAUAAACAUCAUUGCCACUUUCUUUUCAUAUUUAGCCUCCAAAUAUUCUAUUAUAUUCAAAAUAUUCCUUAUAUUCUCCUUCAUUUGUCUUCCUGGUAGGAACCCAGCUUGGUCUUGAUGUAUAUAUUCAUUUAAUAUUUUUUUUAAUUUGUUAGCUAGGAUAUUUGCAAACAAUUUGUAAUCAUUAUUUAACAAGGAAAUAGGCCUAUAGUUUUUAAUUUGCAGCAAAUCUGCGUCUUGUUUUGGAAUUACUGUUAUAUAGGCCUGUUUCCAUGUUUCUGGGAUUUCGCCUGUGUUCAGUAUUUCAUUCAUGACAUCUUUCAAUGGGUUCACUAAUUGUUCAUUUAAUAUCUUAUAAUAUUUUGCCGUAAAGCCAUCCGGGCCUGGAGACUUGUAGCAUGGCUUUAUUGUUUAUCUGUUACACUUCUAGUCCAUCUUUCCUCCAAGGAGCUGAAGGUGGUGUAAUUUCAAGAGGUAACACUGCCUAACAGAAAGCAAUGUGUUCAGGAGGAGGGGUGGACUAUAAAUUCCAUAAAUAAAAUACAACAACCUUGAUUGAUUGAUUGAUUGAUUGAUUUUGUGUGUGUGUGUGUGUGUGUGUGUGUGUGUGUGUGUGUGUUUUACCACCUAGCACAGUUGCCAUAGUCCAUGCCAGCCAGUUAUUCUGGGGCUUAUGGUGUGGGGCAGGGGUUUCAGUGGCAUGCCUGGUCUCUGCUACCCUCUGUCUUUCUCCCUGCCAACAGCAGACCUGAUCACAUCCAGCCCCCAGUGCCUCCACAACUUAGUGAUGUGGACCCACAACCAUGCUGAAAGCUGCCAGAUUGCUCCCAGCUUGCAAGGCGUCUUGUCCUCGGAGUACUGCGGGAUCAUCCAGGCCGUGUGGGGCUGCGAAGAGGGUCAUGAUUAUGUCAUGAACACAGAUUCGGACAGCAGCACUUUGCUGGUGGACAACGCCCUGUCCGUCAAGUGGGAACUGAACAAGGGCCCUGCCCUGCAGCAGGCGCAUGUAACGGGCAACGGGGUGAGGGCUGACUGUACUGUUGCUGCGGCAGCACCGCCGGAACCCCAGCGUGGCGCCACUCAUAUGGCAGCCAGCCAGCAACCUGCAAAAAGCGGGACUCCUCCGUCUGCGCUUAGCACAGAAAGCUGGGUGUCGGAGAGCCAGGAUUUGCCUUCCUUCCAAGAUGCCUCGGAAGCUCCUUUGCAGGAGGAAAGCCUGCCGCAGCCAGACUGCCCUCUGAAUGGCAGUCCAGGUAAGUGGCAUGCCAAGGAUGUCUCUCCAGGAUGUCGUGGGGAUUGCGGGUCACAACUCCACACAGGUCUUUGCACAUUUCUUUGCACAAUAUACACAUAUAUACACAUAUACACAAUAUACACAUAAACGGCCUGGGCCCAGUAUACCUGAAGGAACAUCUCCACCCCCAUCGUUCUGGCCGGACACUGAGGUCCAGCGCCGAGGGCCUUCUGGCGGUUCCCUCAGUGCGAGAAGCCAAGUUACAGGGAACCAGGCAGAGUGCCUUCUCAGUAGUGGCACCCGCCCUGUGGAACGCCCUCCCACCAGAUGCCAAAGAGAUAAACAACUACCAGAGUUUUAAAAGACAUCUGAAGGCAGCCCUGUUUAGGGCAGUUUUUAAUGUGUGACAUUUUAAUGUAUUUUUAAUCUUUGUUGGAAGCCGCUCACAGUGACUGGGGAAACGCAGCCAGAUGGGCAGGGUACAAAUAAAUUAUUAUUAUUAUUAUUAUUAUUAUUAUUAUUAUUAUUAUUAACUCUGAGUGUUCAGCUGUUCAAGCCUGUGUGGAAGCAGUGCGUUCACAGAGCUGAGGGCCAGCAUUUCUGAUUUAUAGCUCAGCUGUCUGGGACUAGGCAUGCCCUUUGCAUUCUUGUUGCUUUUUAAUUUCCGCCCGGUUAACUUGGCUUUCCCUCCAGCCAGUGUGCCCAGACACUCAAGUCUUCUCAUGGUGAAGCAGGCUCUUGCCCAGGUGAGCUCAGGCCCACGUCCUUUGGCUGACCACCGCGAGAAGAGGAUGCUGGCCUGGGUGGGCCUGACCCAGCAGACAGGCUCUUCUUAUGUUCCGUUGGGUCGGGUGCCGCAGGACUGUUGUGCCUUGACGAAUCUUGUGCCUUCCUUUGCUCCCUUUGCAACACGCAUUCUUCUCCGUCUUCUAGGGCCACUGAGUGAGAAGCCGGUUCCCUCUGCAGCCUCGGAUGAGCGGGUAAAAGACGAGUUCAGUGACCUUUUUGAGGGGUGAGAGAAGAAGAGCGGGAUUCAAAUGUCACCUUUGCAAGCAUGAACAAUGAUUGUGGGGCGGGAGUGGAUCUCAUUCCUCACUGGAGAGUCCAGUCACUGGAGACGGCUGGCUUAGGGGGUGGAGGGAGGGGAUCAGGACAUCACAAAGGGCGGUUUUUGUGGCCUUUAUUAGAAGCAAUGCAGUCCAAUAGUAAAAAUACAAAAUUAUUAACUGUAACAACUCCUUAAUACUACCUUAAGUUUAGUUCACAUUAAUUGUUGCAGUUACUAUCUCUGUUUAUAACCUUUGUUCUCCACAAAGGUUAUAAAUGAUGCCCAAGUAUUCAGGUUUUUUUUUAUGAAACUGGAUCUAUUAUUCUCACUGAUGGGCCAGAAUGUGGACAGAUACAAAUCCAUACUGCCUUUGACAGUGAUUCCAAAGGAUGUCACUUGAGGCAGUCUUAUCUAUUAUUUAUUUUACUUAUUUAAUAGAAUGUAUAUACCACUUGAUGGUUUGGGGUUUUUUUUAAAAAAAGGAGCACCUCUAAGUGAUUUACAGAAAUGUAGCUGACAAAAACAACAACAAACAGUGGGCAGGUGAGGUGCCUUGGCAGAGUCUUAGCAAGUGGUCUUAUGGGGAAAGGCUAUAGCUCAGUGGUAGAGCCUCUGCCUUGUGUUCAGAAGGUCCCAGGUUCAAUGCUCAGCACCUCCAGGUAGGGCUGGGAAUGCCCCCUGCCUAAAACUCUGUAGAUCUGCUGCUGCCAGUCAGUGUAUAAUACCAACCUGGAUGGAUCAUUGGUCUGACUUGGUGUAAGGCAGCUCCCUACAUUACUUUGGUCCAAAACCUUUUGCAGGCACCACCUUCAGCUUUUAAGCAUGGAACUGAUUAGAGCUGGGCACUUGCUUUUUAAAAGACUCCGAAGGCCGGGCUUCCAAUUAUUUGAUGCCCACGAACCCACAUGGCAGGGCAGUUUCUCUGCUCGCUUUUUUGUAGCAUAGCGGCCUUUACAUUGAGUGGUUCUGGACCACUGUCUGGAGUGUGUUGUUUUCUUGAAGAAGGAAAGCUCACUUUGGGGCAGCCAGACUUGCAGCAGUUUCUCUUGAGCUCCCCCCCGCUGUCAACAUAAAGGCCCAAUGAGGCUUCGCCUGCCUUCUCCUUUAGUGAAAGGGCCUGUUUACUUUCUCAGGUACUCCUUGAGUGACGACGAGAACGACAAGAGAGCGCAGUCUUCGGACGACUACUUUGAGCCUUACCCAGAAAAGAGGUGAGGGCUUUUUCUUGUCCUUUUGCUGCGGCAAAAGACAGGAGUGAUAGCUUCUUUCUCUCGAAUUCAUUUGACCUUUUGCAACCUCCUCCACUCUCAGUGGGCAAAGGCCCACAUCCAUUCCCUUCCCAUUCGCACAUUCUCUCUUUUCCUAGGAGUGAGCAGGUUUCUUUUCAGCCUCCUGACAAAUGCGUUCAUUUGUUUGGGAUUGUAUUUUAAGUAGAGCUAUGCAAACGCUGUGUCAGUGCAAGGGUUUGUAGAAUGGAAUAUUCUCCUGACCCCUAAAAGCCCCUUCAGUCUGUUUUAGUGGCUCCCUCAACCCUCCGAGCAGAUUUGUGGAGAGCGCAGGGGAAGGAGAGGGUGGGAAUGUUCCAUUGUGCAAAUCCUUGUGCUGUUGAAACGAGUGAUGUGGAUACUUUCCUUUAUUUCAGCAAUUUAGUCUCUAUGUAAGGCUUUCAAAUGUUUGCAUUUAUUAAUGGGUGGCCAGCCUGAGAUCCUUGCGCUGGCCUAAUUUCAUGUAGGCAUUGGGGAGGGGGGCAGAAAUAGGGAGGUGCAGCCUUCAACAGGGGUAGGGUGGUCGUUCACCCCUGUUUUAUAACCUCAGUUGACAUUCAGCAACAGUUCCCUGUUCCUCCUCUGUUAGGGUAUCCAACAACAGGAAAGUUGAAAGCAGAGAAGCAAAGAAGCUUGAAGAACCCAAAAUAAGGAAGAAGCCAGGACCCAAACCUGGCUGGAAAAAGAAAAUCAAAUGUGAAAGGUAUCAUAUACCCAAAGCUUCCAAGGUGUGAGAUUCCCACCACCAAGAAUGGUCCAACCUACUCACCAGUUACUCUUUCCUCUGCUUUUUUUAAGGGAAGAGCUGCCCACCAUUUACAAGUGUCCUUAUCAGGGCUGUACAGCUGUGUACAGAGGUGCAGAUGGCAUGAAGGUAUGUGGAUAACUACUAGCUACAUUUAGCUUUGGAGUCGUCAGACCCACAGCGGGACUUUACUUUCUGGAACAAGUGUCUCUCUCUCUCCCUGCCACCACCUUCCCCCAUUUCCUUUGGGUGGAAGCGAACCAAUCAAAAGCCAGAUUGUAAUGAUUGACAGCCUUGCCUAACGGGAGGGAGUAACCCUAGCUUACAAGAGAAAAACAAGGAGAAAAGCUUAUGAUCCAGAUUUUGCUGCCAGUUUGAGGAAAUGGAUGCAGUGUCCUCCUUUCUCAUUCUGUUCACAUGAUUGCUCAUGUGAUUGGUGCUGUGGAGUAGCUUUGGCCAACCAGUUGCCCUUAGGAAGUUUUGGACUACAAUCCCCAUCAGCCUCAGCCAGGACAUGGACUUGUAGUCCAAAACCUCUGGAGGGCCCUGUUAGCCGCGCCUGCCAUAGGUGAUCAGAUUGUCACUGCCCGCAAACCUGCAUGGAGUGAAAGUUUGGCUCUGUGUGAAGAUCUCCAUCUCUCUUCUUGGAUUUAGAAGCACAUCAAAGAGCAUCAUGAGGAGGUCAGAGAAAGGCCCUGCCCGCAUCCAGGUUGCAACAAGGUGUUCAUGAUUGACCGGUACCUUCAGCGCCAUGUGAAGCUCAUUCAUACAGGUAUGUUGUGCUUAUGAGAGAAUGACGGAGGAUUUGCAUGGAAGAGAAAGAAAUGCCCUGGGCAGAAUCAGGCAUCACACAUGGCACAGGAGAACAGGCUUUUUCAGUGGUGGGCCCCCAUCUGGAAUGCUCUCCCCAGGGAGACAUGCCUGGCACCAUCAUUGUAAGACGUUUUUAUUUAGUCCAGGCUUCUGGUGGUUAUGUUAGCCUCUACUGUGGUGCUCAUCUUUUAGUUGGAUAGGACAAAAAUUGUCCUUCUUCCUGUAUUGCUGGAAUUUUUUUUUAGGAAUUUUGAAUUGCAAAUUUAUUGUUUUUAAUUUGGCUGUUAAUUAAUUUUAUCUGUUUUUAUAUUUUGUUAAGUUAGGUCGUUUGCAGGCUGUUUUGUAUGAAGCAACUUAAGAAACUAAAAAAUAAAAAUAAUGUUGAUAUUCAUGGAUCUGUGGUUAACCUGCCCACAAACUGUGCAGACCUCUGUAUCAUCACAGAGAAAGCAUUGGAAAAGUGCUCUAGUUACUUUUGGGGAAAAACUGCAGAAAACAUUGCCAUCUUAUUCCCCUCCUCUGCCGCCAUUCUUUUUAUUCAUUUCAUUUUCAUUACUUAUUUGCUGCUUAAUGUAAUGAAGUCUCUUUAAGAGGUUCACACUAUAUGCAAUCAGAAGCCCCUAAUCAAAGUCUUCCAAGAGUGUCAAUGAUGGAGAGAGUCCCAGUAACAUAAGAAGAGGUUGGGCUGCUGGUGUCAGGCCAGAGGGGCAUCCCCAGCUCGCAGCUCCCACAAUGGCCAGCCAGAUACCUAGGGAAAGCCUGCAUCAGACUUCUUCACACACAUUCUCCAGCUGCUAGUAUUGAGACAGACUGCCUUUGAUGCCGAGGUGGGGGGGGGGGGCUUAGUACUGCACUCACUGUUGAUAGCCUUUUACUCCGUGAAUUCUCCUAAACCACUUUUUUUACAGCCACCCAAGUCAUUGUGAUUUUCAACCCUGUUCCCUUCUCCCAUUGCAGAGGUGCGGAACUAUAUCUGUGACGAAUGUGGCCAGACAUUCAAGCAACGCAAACACCUCUCCGUUCACCAGAUGCGCCACUCAGGAGCAAAGCCUCUCCAGUAAGCACACUUUGCCUAUGGCCUUUUACAGAUAAGCUGCGUUGCCUUCAUGGGGCAUCUUAAGAUUACUCAAAGCUGAAUUUGAAAACUAGUAUGCCCUAACGUAGUUGAAGAAAGGUCAUCUCCCUUGCAGAUGCGCCAAUAAUGACACUUCCAAAUUAAGAUGUGGCACACAAGCGCGCACACACACAUUUUGGGUCCUGGGAUUGGUUUUUUGGUUCAUACGUCCAGUAGUGUGGGAAAUGAUGAUUCUAGGACUGGUUUGGGAAACAUUUCCUGCAAAACCAUCUGUCUCAAUGCAGAACUACAGUCUUACGUUGGAAGCCAAACGGAAUCCAUUCCGGAAGUUCAUUUGACUUCCAGUGCACAGCUUCCGAUUGGCUGCAGGAGCUUCCUGCAGCCAAUCGGAAGCCACACCGGACGUUCGGCUUCCAAAAGAACGUUCUCAAACUGGAACACUUGCUUCUGGGUUUGCGGCAUUCGGGAGCCAAAAAGUUCUACUGUUAAGGUGUUUGUCAACCAAGGUACGACUGUACAUGUGACUGAUCAUUUUGCCAUAGUGGAGAGCAGCACUCAGUUUUCUUUUGGUGGACUGUGGCCUCUCCUGCACUUCAGAAUGAAGGAGUGCUGCUGCCAUACAAGUCUGUCUUGUUAAAGCACCAGUUCCUAACAGAGGGCUGGCUCCGGUCUAUAAGGAGUGUCUGACUCUAGCAAGAGCUAAGCUGUCACUUCUCCUAUAGGAUAUUCCAUUCCCACAGAGAGGACACAGCGUUCACCAGCGUCCUGGAUUUUUGAUCGGGACAUCCAAACUACAAUCUGGAAGCAUGUUUCCCGCCCCAGCAAUGGUCUCAAGUGCAGCUCAGUAUUCAGGGUUCUUAGUAGAUAAAAGACACUUGGUUAUUGGAAGCAUCCUCUCACCUGUCUGAGAGUAGCUGAUAUAUUUCUUCCAAGGCUGAGGCUGUGCUGCUGCUCCCCCUCCUUCAUGGGGAUGAGACCAGGUGGCAGGUCUGAGGUCCGCUUUCUGCUUUCCCCCUGCAGGUGUGAAAUCUGUGGCUUCCAGUGCAGGCAGCGAGCAUCCCUCAAGUACCACAUGACCAAACACAAAGCAGAGACUGAGCUGGAGUUUGCCUGCGACCAAUGUGGGAAGCGCUUUGAAAAGGCCCACAACCUCAACGUCCACAUGUCCAUGGUGCAUCCCCUCACCCAGACUCAGGACAAAGCCAAGGCUGCUGAGCUGGAGCAAGAGCCUCUGCCAGAGGCUCUGUCGGAGGCUUCAGAGACUGCAGAGAACCAUCCUGUAAAACUGGAACUGAGCGUACAGCAGGAGCCCACCUGAAAGAGCCCUGGAUGGGAGCCCUGAUCCAGCUUUGCAUAAAGCAACACUGAGUGGGAGUUUUAAACAUACGUUUUAACGGAUCCUCCCAAAAACAGAAAGGGGUGGGGACUCACUUCUGCUUGCUGGUGAAAAGCUUUCCAUUGCUGUGACUAUUCUCCGUGUGUGUGUUUGUGUCCAAGACCGUAGCAGUGUCUUACAGAGCCAUAUCCGUCUCGCCAAAGGAAGCAGGCUGUCCCGCCUUCCCUCUGAUGUGGCGACUGGUUGAGCUCAGAAAAGGUAUCGCACCUGUUAUAAAGGUGUGUUGGCCAUAGGCACAGGCUCAUUUUUAGGGGCUCUCUUGUUUUAAAUUAAAUUCCAAAGCCAAUCUGAAAAAGAAAGACGAACCAGAAUAUUUGUAACAUGGUUUUUAUUGUUACAAAGUCAUGGUCAUGCUUGUAAUAAAUUAUUUACACCAUACUUUGAACAG